AUGAGUAAAAUGUAUGUAAUCAGUCAGGAUGCAAGUAUGAUAAUGAUGCAAGAAUAGUGAUACUAACAAUGUUAUGUUUUAGUCCUAGAAAUUUCAAAUUAUUGGAAGAGUUAGAAAAAGGUGAAAAAGGAUUAGGUGCAGAAAGCAUUAGUUAUGGACUUACAAAUCAAGAUGAUAUUACAAUGACAAAUUGGAAUGGUACCAUCAUUGGACCACCUCAUUCAAAUCAUGAAAAUAGGAUUUAUUCUUUAAAUAUAAUAUGUGAUGAAAUAUAUCCUGAUAAACCACCAAAAGUUAGAUUUAUUCUGAAAAUUAAUUUACCAUGUGUUGAUAAUCAAGGAAAUGUAAUGGUUGAAGAAUUUGAUACGUUGAAGAAUUGGAAACGAUCAUAUACUAUGGAGACUGUUUUGUUGGAAUUGAGAAAAAGUAUGGCUUCUGCUAGUAAUAAGAAAUUACAACAGCCAGAAGAGGGUUCAACAUACUAG